CUCGCUUUGAGUCUCCCUUAAGCCAUCUCUGAAUACUGAUCAGUCCCUGCAGUCGGGUCCUAAGUCCCCAGGGCAAAAGGCAAGUAAGUUUUAAGGCUCUGGGGAGGAAAGGGGACUGGAUAACCCUGCUGUUAGUGGUCAGACCCCUCCACCUGCAGGGCAACCAAGUCUUUCGGACUUGGUUCCAACUGACGUUCACAGACCCAGGUCCCUGUGACCCUGGCCACCAGCAGAUUCAAGGCUGGAGGUGGUGCCAGGCCCUGAGUUAGGGCUGGGACAGAGGUUGCUGGCUGUGAGGAGCCCACAGGGGCGGGGUGGACGGGAAGCAGUCCACCAAUAGAUACAGAGAUACAGUGUGGUGCAGACUUUCGGGGGCUUUGAGCACUUCAAAUAGCGGGGCACCUGGUGGGGACCAGCCCCUGGGGUUUCCCAGUCCACAGGCAGGGGAGCACGAAAAAACGCUCUUGAAAAGAAAGACAAGAGCUCUUGCUUUAAAUCCUAACAGUGAGCAGACUGUCACAGGGCCAACUUGGGGAGGGUAAGGGAAGGGGAGGGCUCCCAGGUGUUGGAACAGCAUGAACAAAUGCAAAGGGGUUGGAAGAUGUCUGGGGGUCUGCAGGCAGUUUGGAGAGCAGGGAACCCCAGGCCAAGCCUGAAAGUGGCCAUUGGGCCAGCCCCUCCCAGAGACGGAGAAGGGGAUCUCUCAGCUGCAGAACGAGACCCAUCCACCAGCACUUGGACCCUACACGCCACGAGGCCUGCCCCGGCCAGGCUCACCAAGUGGGCACUUACCUUGCCUCUUCCCUGAUUAUUUCUCAUCCUUCUGAAACUCUCACCCUGAAAUCCCAGCCUGGCCGUCCCCCAGCCUGCAGCUGGGCGUGUUAUUUUGCUCCAAAAGCACAGCAGAGCGCGGCUCCUUACUCGAGGAAUGCAGGCUGCGGUCCUCCAAGGCGAUGAUGAAACGGGCUAUUUCUGCCCCCGGGACAUCAGCAGGCCUCCGGGCGCUGGCUCCAAGGCUCACACUAUCGUGUUUUUAACGUUUCCCUAGACAAAUGUUUUCCUUCGCAUCCUGGGAUCUUUGUAUUUGAACCUGGGUGCUGAAAUAGCUUUAGAAAUCAUUCUGGAUUGAAGUUGGAAUCAUGGUUAGGGUCCAGCUCAGCGGCAAGCAAUUUCUCACUCCCCAAGUUAUCUAUUACCAGUGGCCGAUCUGGAUGUAAAAAUAGCUGGUGAGGCUGUUUGUUUAAUCUGACUGUUACCUGACACCACGCGGGUGUUGCUGUGCGGACUGUUUGCCUCCUUCCCCACCAAGAACACCAUUUGGUUUCCCCCGGCUGGGUCUCUAUGUAGGCACACUUCAUGAACUUCCAGUGGCUGGACAACUUCUGGCCACUGAUUUUCCUCAGGUGGGCAGGUUUGUGAAAAAGAUAAGAGGUCUGGGUCUUGCAUCCGUGGCCCUCUCGUCUUUGGGCAGCCAGCGAACGAGGGAAGAAGUUCCGGCUGCCGGGCAGAGCCGGGCUGCUGGAAGAGUCAGGGUUGUCCCCCCUUCCUGGGGAGGCCGGAGAGCAAGCAGCUGGGAUACGCGGAGAGCGGAAGAUGGGGCAAUGAUAACAGUGAAUGCAAGCAUGAGAAGAAGUUUUAAAACGACAGACCCUAAAACCCAGCGAGGCAGGCACCUGCAGUCCCCACUGCCAUAACAGGUAUGGAACCAACCCAAGGAAACACUUUCGGUUGUCAGCCGCUGUGCUGGCUCCACUGGACAUCGGGAGACGAGAGGGAGAGGUGGAGGGUGAAACCAAAUUUAUGACUGCCCCAUCUGAAGCCAGGGAAAUCAAAUCAGAAUUGAAGAAGUUAUCUGAAUAAAGGCCUCUCUUCUUCCCAAGGCAGGAGAAAUGUGGUUACAGUAGCUCCCCCUUAUCCAUGGUUUUGCUUUUUUGCGAUUUCAGUCACCUGCAAUCAACCACGGUCUGGAAGCAUGUAUGGUCCUUCUUUCUGACAUACAGUCAGAAGGUCAGUAAUAGCCUAACCCUACUUCACGGUGCCCACGUCAUUCACUCCCUGCCAUCUCCUCACAUAGACAUUUUAUCAUCUCACAUCAUCACGAGAAAGGUAAAGAAAAAAAAAAAAAAUCCCACUUUGCAAUUUGCGUCUGGUCACCAGGAAGCUCUAGUUUUGUGGAAAGAGGGCUGCAUCUAACCCCUCUAGAACCGUCACCCAGAGGCACCCGCUGGCUGACCGGGGAGUAGUCUUCCUAGCUGGCGGACGAUGCAGGGGAAUAAGAAGUGCACGGACGGGUUCAGCGACUCCUCGAGCAUCGGCAGUGUGCUGGACGAUGCAGACAGGGAGGUGAGCAGCCUCACAGACCGGGCGUUCAGAAGCUUGUGCAUCUCAGAGGACACAUCCUUCCACGACUCCGACCUGACCCUGUCCCCGGAUAUCACCCGCCAGGUGUUUGGGAGUCUUCACCAGGGAACGGUGAGCCACACCCACAGGAAAAGUGGUAUUUGGAGCCAGUUACCAUCACAAGGCACCGAGCAUGCGGGCUGGGCAGCCACGUUCCAGCAGCUACCCAAGUACGUUCAAGGGGAGGAGAAGUAUCCCAAAAGCAGCCCCCCACUGACACCAGCCCAGAGGAGACUGGAGGUGCCAGUUUCUGGCCUGAGGAGCAGCAACAAGCCUGUUUCCAAAGUGUCAUCGCUAAUUAAAUCCUUUGACAGGACUGAGAGCCAACGCUGUGACAGCAGGCCCCCAACCAGUAAGCCCCCGGCUCUCAAGAACCCCCCCAAAUUUGCUCCUCUUCCAGAAAGUGGCGUCAACUUCUGCUUCGAUUCUGCCUUUCUGACUGUCAGGAGGGUGCCCGCUGAAGUCUCUGGAGCCCAUCAGAGUAGCCACCAGCCUGGCAAGAAGCACGGAGAGCAGGAGUCCCCCAAGAACCCCGAGAUGGCCUGUCACAGCUCCAGCAGCUUCCUCCCAACACCUGAAAACAUGGCCAAUGCGUUCGAGUCAAAGUUCCCCUCUCCUCCCCACAAGCCAUCCAAGGGUGAGUCUGGAAGAGGUAAGGAGUGGCCUCGCAAAGGGACCUUUCUUCAUAGUGAAAACAGUGCUUUUGAGUCGUGGAAUGCCCACCAACCGCGGCUGCCCGAGAGAAAGGAGGCUGCUGACCCUGUCCCAGAAAGCAAAGCCCCCAAGCAUUACGAGAACACGCCCUUGUUAAAAGAGCCCCCGGCCUCUGAGCACAAAGUCUCCCCCUGCCAGGCCCGGGCCAGCUGCAGUCAGGAGGAGAGCAGGCUGGCAGCAGGGGCUCUCUCUGCAUCGGGACCCUGGGGACCUCGGGAUUCGGGGCCCCAGGUAUUCAGUACAGAGGGAAAUUCUAGCUCCCAGCCCGACCUUCAGGGGAAGCCCACCCAGCCACCAUGGAGGAAACCAAAGUCCGGCAAAGGAAAGAAGGAAAGUCUACAAGAUGCAUCGGAAGAGAAGAAGCAGGCCACCAGAAGAGGCCCAGCCUUGUACACAAAGCACAAUCCCCAGGGACAGUUUCCAGAAAACGAGGCUCUUGACAUGCCCAUGGACCCCAACGAGCAUUACAGCCCUCCUUUCAACAUCAGUAAGCUUCUGACCCCCAUCAUACCCACCAAGAAUAUCCUGGAGCCAUCUGACAGCCAGCCGGUGGAGAUAACCCCAUCACCCUCAGGACAGCUAAACGGGUACCAAGAGAAGGAACCCAGUGAAUGUCAGUCUCGGGACAGCUACAAAUCCAAAGCCCCUAGCCUGCUGUUCAACCUGAAGGAUGUACGGAAGCGUGUCAAGAGCACAUAUAGUCCCUCACCUCUCUCGAAAGGCCUCGAGGAGAAAACCAGGGGCAAGCAAGAACCCGUGAGCAAUGGGAUCAUCCUUCCCAAUGGGCUUGAGGAGAGCCCUCCAAAUGAGCUUUCUAAGGAAAGGGCAGCUGAUGCCCCUUCUGUGUCACACAUCAGUCCCCAGAUGGACCCUAAAGCUGACCCUGGUACAGCCUCUGUGGACAACUAUCUAACUCUUAACUCACCUCCAGCCAUCACCCAAGCCCCCUUCUCCGUCAAUGGGGAGGGAGCUGACAGAAACAGCUAUGAGAAGGACGAUGGAGAACCGGAAAUGGGCACCACCAGGUCUGGGAAGUGUCCAGAGUCCAGGGAACAGUGCCCCAGGAAGCACCUGUCUCUGCGGCUUUGCAGUAGAGAGCCUGAGGCAGGGAAGGCUGCAGAGAAACCAAAGACUCCCAGCCUAGAAAAGGGGUUCUUGAGAUCCGUGUCUCAAGAGACAGAACCCGAGACAGAGGCAGGACUUCAGAAUCCAAACUUCAACCAGAAAUUCUCCCCAGGGCCUCUCUCUCCCGAGGAAGAAGAUGUGUUUUACAGUGACAGCCAAUCGGAUUUCAUGCCAUGCUUCAAAAGUAAGGCCAAAUUCAGCACCAGCUCUUCAGACCAGUCCUUUGCCUCCUUUGAGGACCAGCAGAAGACGUGGUUCACGGAGAGCCAGCAGGAAGACAGGAGGAAUGACGUAAGUGCAGGUGACAGUCAGAAGGACGAGAAGGAGAAAGCAAUAGGGAAAGAUGAGACACAGCACGGUGCCUUAAGUAACGGGCAGGUGUGCGUGCAGGAGCACAGCCAGGGGGCAUCGUCGCAAGGAGAAGGGGAAAGCUCAUCUGGAUGUAGACCCAGGAAGGCAUCGAGAGAGGAAGCUAACUUCAGAGGCACUUGGAUCGCGGGAAGUAAGGAUACAACCAGAGACCCUACCCCCUCGCCAUCUUCCACUAUGAACAAGCACAAACUGUUUGCAAUUAAAGACAACACCCUCAGGGCCACCCCCGUGAUAAAACCCAUCAUGUUGCCCCUCCUGAGGGCCAUGUCAUCAGAGGACCCUCUGGGCAGCGGCCACAAAGAGGAAGACCUGCCAAAGCCAGGCUGGGGAGAAGAGGCUGGUCUUUGUGGCCCUGAGAGCCAGGAAGUGGCCAACACGCCUACAGCCGCUAACACGCAGGGCACACACUUGAAGCACAUGGCCUGGGAGAGCACAGAGGACCACGGGCAGGUGCCAGCCCCAACGGGGAACAUCGCAUCUCCUCCACUCGUGGCAGAGGCUGAAGGGCUGAAGCCACCCCCAGAGGCUGCACGUCGAGUUGUGGCAAACGAUGGCAAGAACAGCUGCACAGUCCAGGGGAAGCUAGAUGCUCCAAGGUGCAUCCCCACCAUCGCUUUGCCUGAGGGCGACCCGGAAGACCAGCCACCCCCACAGCAGCCGGGAACCUGCUGGGAAGAGCACACACAAGAUUUCAAAAGUCACUUAUUGUCUACACCCCGAGCAGGGCCCCCGGGGAGAAGACUGGUCCCCGGUGAGAUGGCAACUUCCCCCAAUGCCAGCUCCCCGGAUGAGAGCAGCGCGUGCUCCCCUGCCGCCAGCAGCACCUGGGACGAUGCCUCCCAGGCCCCCAGCGAGCCGGGCCUGCUGCCGGGGGAGCCUCCCCACACCAGUCCCUGGGCCAGCCCCUACUCUGCCAGGGUGGCCCGCAGGGAGGACCUGACCCACGCCCUCACGUGGGAGGCUGGCUCGGACCCCCAACUUGAGCCACCUGCAGAAGACCUCAGGACACUUUCUCCAAGAGGCUUGGUGCUGGACGCGGCUGCCGGCUCAGCAGGCCUCCCUGAGAAACCAGAACUUCCCGCCCCGCUGGAGAGGGCGGCCAGCAAGCCUCCUGCAGUCCCACCCAAAACAGAGAAGGCCCUGCGGCGGGCAAAAAAGCUGGCCAGCAAGAGGAGGAAGACUGACCAACUGCAAGAAAAGCAUGGCGAACCCCUGGAAGAAAAGCCAUGCCUGGAGGACCUUGAACGAGGGCCACCAGCCCCCGGAGAGAGGCCCCGACCCAGGUGCCCCGGCGUCCGCUCCCUGCCCCCUCCCAUCCACCGCCACUCAGUGUCUGCCUUCUCAGAGCCCAUCAGGAGGCAGCCUGGGGGAUCCCAGUCCCUUACUCCCCUGCCCCCUUACCCUGCCACCCAGAAGGUUCUCCAAGACCCCCAAUCUGGAGAAUACUUUGUCUUCGAUCUGCCACUCCAGGUGAGAAUCAAGACCUUCUAUGACCCCGAGACGGGCAAAUACGUCAAGGUCUCCAUCCCAACCUCGGAGGGGGGCUCCCCGGAGCCACCCCCGCCAGACACUCCGGAUGCUCCCUACAUGCUGUACCCCCACUUCCGGCCCCUGCCCGUGACGACCUUGAUGCCUCUGCGCUGCUCCUCUCAGCUGUCUGCCCCCACCUUCCUAAGUCAAGGCCCUCACACCACCGAGGCAGCUGGGCCCGGGCCCCGGAGGGCCCGCGACGCCGGCCUGCAGCUCCAUCUGGGCCCUAGGCCUCGCGGCGACACCACCCGGCACUCCGCAGGCCAGCGCCCUGAUGCUCCUUCCCCAAGCCUGGGGGAGGAGGGGGGAGAUGCCCCACGCCUGGGCAUCAUCUCCACCAACGACCUAGAGGACUUCGCCACAGAAGGCAUUUCUUGAGAAUUGCAUCUGAUUAACCUCCCCGCCCCCAGAUAAACCCAGAAGAACUUACUUCCCCUUUCCCCAAAACAAUCCACACACACACACACACACACACCCCAACACAUACUUAGCCAUGUGAGAUCCCUAAAUUCCCAAAGGAAGUAGGGAUUCUGAGAAAACCCCACCUGAAGGGCUUCUCUCCCUGGGAAGGUGCUAUUUGCAUGACUGGGUCCCUCCCAAGCCCCUUCCCAGAUCCUGGAUCUGCUCCACUGACCCCCUCUCUCUUCCCCUCCCUUACUCCCUGGCCUCCUCUGGCUAUGCCCCUGGGGCGGGUCCAGAGGAUUCCUAAUGGCUGCUCUGCCCCAGCUGCCCACCUUCUUCUUCUCAAGGGCUGGCUCAUGCAGUAAGCAAACUCCCAAGGCCCCCAGAAUCGCUGCACUGCGCUGAGCUGAGCCCUGCCCGCAAGCAGACCACCCAGCCCAGCCCCUCCAGGUCCAGCGUGGUAUGGACAACAACUCCACCCUCGCUCCAACGCAGCAGCCAUUUCCAGUUCACUGCAGGCAGAGAUGGCUGAGGACUGACCCAAGGCAAUCUUGCAGAAAUGUUUAUCUGGAUAGAAUGGGUUUUCUUUACUGAGGAAGCUUUCCUCUGAAGGCUAUUGUCUGAUCGACAAAAGGCUACCUUUUAAAAAGUGAAACACGUUUGCAGAUGUGAUUCUGUCCUGGA